CUAACCUGCAGCAAGUCAGCACCUGCCCAGUGAACGUAAACCCCUGUCCGAAUCUCCCACCGUCCACGCCGGAAAAAAAGGGUGCUCUUCCCCCUUCUCCUUCCCCAACCACAACCACCAACGACUUCCACACCAACAUCACCACCACGCUUGCCCUUGCAAAGACCGCAGUACCCAGUCCCGAGCUGAGCUACCGCCUCUUCUCGAGCACGACACGUACACCGAGCCGCUCGAAACACGAUACCUGCAGCCCACCGCCUACCAUGGGUGUCCUAGGCAAUGCCAUGUACUAUGCCUUCCACCCGGCUCAGCUGCGGUCAAUCAUUCAAUGGAAGGUGUGGCACGAACCCGUCUUUGAGCGCAACCCCGCCAAGGAGGCUCCUACUCUUCGCGAGUGCUUCAAGUAUCUCGACAUGACGAGCCGCAGUUUCUCGGCCGUCAUCCAGGAGCUGAACCCAGACAUGCUGGUCCCCACCGCCCUCUUCUACCUGGUGCUGAGAGGCUUGGACACCAUCGAGGAUGACAUGACAAUCGACCUCAAGACCAAGGAGCCCCUGCUCCGCCACUUCAAUGACAAGAUGAAGAUUGAGGGCUGGACAUUUACUGAAAAUGGCCCCAACGAGAAGGACCGCGAGCUGCUCGUGCACUUCGACGUGGUCAUUGCCGAGCUCAACAAGAUUGGCAAGAACUACUACGACAUCAUUGAAGACAUUACAAUCAAGAUGGGCAACGGCAUGGCCGACUAUGCGCUAAACGCCGAGUUCAACGAGAACGGUAUCCAGACCAUCGAGCAGUACGAGGAAUACUGCCACUACGUCGCUGGUCUCGUCGGCGACGGCUUGACUCGCCUCUUUGUUGAGGGCAAGUAUGCCAACCCUGCUCUGCUCGAGCGGCCCGAGCUCACCGAGAGCAUGGGCCAGUUCUUGCAGAAGACAAACAUCAUCAGAGACGUGUGUGAGGACUACCAUGACAAGAGACGAUUCUGGCCGAAGGACAUCUGGAGCAAGUACGUCGACAACUGGGAUGACCUGUUCAAGCCCGAGAACCGGGAGAAGGCCAUGAACUGCAGCUCCGAGAUGAUUCUCAACUCGCUCAAGCAUGCCGACGAGUGCCUCUUCUACAUGGCGGGUAUCAAGGAGCAGAGUGUGUUCAACUUCGUGGCGAUCCCGCAGGUCAUGGCCAUUGCCACGAUUGAGCUCAUCUUCAGGAAUCCCGCCAUCUUUGAGAAGAAUGUCAAGAUCACCAAGGGCGAUGCCUGCGCUCUCAUGCUCAAGGCGACACAGAACCUGCGCGUGGUCAGUGGUGUCUUCAAGGACUACGUCAGGAGAAUAGCCAAGAAGAACGACCCCAGAGACCCCAACUUCUUGGAGAUCAGUGCUGCUUGUGGCCGGAUUGAGCAAUUCAUCGAGAGCAUCUUUCCCACGCAAGAUGCUGCCAAGAUCAAGGCCUUGGCCGCCGGCAAGAAGCAAGAAGAGGACUCCGCAGGCACCAUGGACACUUUCCUCCUGCUCCUCGUUGUCUUGUUCAUGAUGCUCUUCAUCUCUGGUCUUAUGUUUGGCGCUGCGUGGUUGAUGGGCGCAAGGUUCGACUUCUCCAACCUUAUUGGCGAGGUGACAAGGCUAUUGUCUGGACAAGGGCCUUCAAACAUGACGAGCGACGUGCUUGAGAAGGUCCCUAUCCACGAGGAGCUGUGAGCAUCUAGCAGCAUGGCCCUCCUCUUUUUUCCGUCACGUUUUGAUGAGGUAAUGCAUUGGGCGCCAGAGGUACAUAUGGUGAGCAGGCGCUUUGCGACACAUGAUUGCGCAAGGCAUAUAUUUGAACUCUGGGCCGGUUUUCACCAGCUGGGGUUUGUGAUUUUUACUUCUUGUGGCAUAUUACUACUAAUACCCUAUAAAUAUAAGCAAGUUGGUCUGCAGACGGGCAACCCGCCGUCUUCCCCUACAGCUGCGUGCAAGAUAGCCUCCCCAGCCCUUUCCCAAGCCCGUUCAUCCUCCCCUGACCACAAAUCCACAUCAUCACCACAUACCAGAACGCACGGAUGUCAAAUUACAGUCCAGUCUUUACAUCAAUGACUGUGUCUG